GCGCGCCCUUUAGAAGGCAUUUUGUUAUUAAAUUUGGAGAGCGUAAGUUACAGAGAAAUUCUUUGCAAGUUCAAUGGCGGUUCGGAGCUCAUCUUCGAGCGACACACAAGCUUCAAGCUACAAAGCUCACGAUCAGUUCUUUGUAUGGAGGGAGUUUGUAUGGGGAGCUAUUGCUGGGGCUUUUGGAGAAGGAAUGAUGCAUCCAAUUGACACCAUAAAGACACGGAUUCAAAGUCAAGCUAUUCUAAGUGGAAGUCAGAACCAAAAGAGCGUCCUACAAAUGGUAAGAACCGUCUGGGUUGCUGAUGGAUUAAAAGGCUUUUAUAGAGGUAUAGCUCCUGGAAUUACUGGGUCUCUUGCAACUGGAGCAACAUAUUUCGGUGUCAUAGAGUCUACCAAAAAGUGGAUUGAAGACUCGCAUCCAGGCCUUGGUGGCUACUGGUCACAUUUCAUUGCUGGAGCUCUUGGGGAUACACUUGGUUCUGUUGUUUAUGUUCCUUGUGAGGUGAUGAAGCAACGCAUGCAGGUUCAAGGCACAAGGGCAUCUUGGGGCUCUGUGAAGCCUGGUAUGCAAAUGUAUGGUUACUAUACAGGAAUGUUCCAGGCUGGCUGUUCAAUAUGGAAGGAACAGGGUCCAAAAGGACUAUAUGCAGGUUACUGGUCUACACUCGCAAGGGAUGUGCCUUUUGCUGGUCUAAUGGUUAUGUUUUAUGAAGCCAUGAAAAAUGUCACAGAAUAUGGGAAGCAAAAAUGGAUACCCAAUACGAAUUACCAAGUUAAUAGUUCUAUGGAGGGAUUUCUAUUAGGAGGGCUAGCUGGUGGUUUUAGUGCAUAUCUCACUACUCCCUUGGAUGUCAUCAAAACAAGAUUGCAAGUACAGGGAUCGACUACCAGGUACAAUGGCUGGUUUGAUGCAAUUCGUAAUGUGUGGAUGGCUGAAGGCACAAAUGGAAUGUUCAAGGGUAGUGUCCCCAGGAUUGCAUGGUAUAUUCCAGCUUCUGCUCUAACGUUCAUGGCUGUGGAAUUCCUCAGAGAGCACUUUAAUGAUGGGCUAAACAAUGGUAAGGUGCCAGGAGUUGCCAGCUUAUCCGUAGACAAAAAGGGAUCUUCUUUACAAGAAGUGGUUUAGAAACCCAUUGAAUCACAAAAUUUUCCUAUUAUGUUUGUUUUGAAGAUGGGAAUGUUGUAUCAUAUCAAUUUUACAGGUUUAGUGGACAUAGUCAAUUGAAUUUCUCUAGUUACUUUAUAUACUUGGAUACUUGCCGUCAUAGUUUGAUUGUUUCUAGUUUUGCAGAUUUUUUGAAUUUUAGUUCUUUUUCGUCUGAUUAGGGGUUCUCUUUGUAUACUCACAAUGUAGUGUGUACUAGGGUUGCACUCAUUUAGGCUUA